AUGUCGAAGAGUCCGUCGUCGCCGGUGUUCAUACCCGACGAUCUCACCCCCCAGAUCCUUCCGUCACUUCCCGUAAAAUCUCUCCUCCGAUUCAAAUGCGAUAAAGAAUGGUCUAUGGCUGGUUCCUGCAAUGGAUUGAUCUGUCUCGUUGGUUAUAAUUCCAUAUCCUCUAAGUUCUUCUCUAAUAGGGAUAUUAUAUAUCAAGACUACUGCUUGCGAUUAUGGAACCCAUCCACUAGAAAAAUAUCUCAGAAAAUUGGUUAUUUUCGUGAUUCACGCGGUUUCGUCUUCAAUUUUGGUUGGGAUGAUUCCACGUGCACGUUUAAAGUGGUUGCGUCGCGCUAUAUUCAUAAUAGUUAUAUGAAAAGGGUAGUGAAAGUUUUGACUAUUGGUGAUAAUGUUUGGCGAAAUAUUCACUAUUUCCCAGUUGUACCUCUUGGUUUGGGUUGGCGUGGACAACAUUUAGAUAAGGGAUAUGAAUAUGGUUGUGUGUUUUUACAUACCAGUUUUAACUGGUUGGCUAUUCGCAAGCGGGUUAGGUUCAAUUGGAGUUAUUAUGUAAAUGACAUUACUGUUGAGGACAUUGUUAUUGUUUCGCUAGAUCUGAGGACGGAGACAUACAAUCAGUAUCGGCUGCCUCAGGGUUUUGAUGAGCUGCCGCCUGAAGAGCCAACUAUUGCUGUGUUGAAGGGAUGCCUUUGUUUGUGUUGUUCUUAUAAGGAAACCGGUAUUGUUAUAUGGCAGAUGAACAAAUUUGGUGUUGAAGAGUCUUGGAUUCAAUUUCUUAAUAUUAGUAAUCACAUUGUUGGAUUAGACCAUGAUAUUUCUUUCUUGCCGUUGUUUCUUUCUAAGGACGGUGAUACAUUGGUAUUGUGCAGUUCUCAAAAUGAGGUAGCAAUUCUUUAUAAUUUGAGAGAUAAUAGUAUGCAGCGGAUAGAAGUUAAGGUGCACAAAACUAUUAUUGAUGAUAAAACUCACAAUUCGUUAUACUUGAGCCUAGCACAAGGUUAUGUUGAAAGCUUAAUUUCAAUUUGUUGA